GUUAGCGUUGAAAUCCAUACUCUCUUUCAACUGGAAAAAGUGUAACGGUGACAGUGAAGGUGCUGCCACGACUCCGCCUUACCAGCCUUUACCUUUUCUAUCUCCACUCGCUAAUUCUGUUGUCUCUCGUUCUUGCAAGUCAUGACAUUCCACAAAUCUUCAAUAUCAUCCUUGUGCUCAAGGAUGUGCAUUUAUUUGCUGCACAAAAUCAGAAGAGCUAAGUUUUCCACUAUACCAACACCUUGAUUGCUGCUGCAUUAUUCUCCUUCACCACCCUUAUCUGCUAAAUGACACAAGGUUGAACCAAAUUCUGUCCAUCUUCUCCCGCCAAGGGAAACUGCUGCUGAGGUUGUAUUGCAUGCCCAAAUCUCUUCUUCAGUAAUGACACAUGAAGCGCAUGAUGAAUUGGGGAAUGAUUGAUAAUUGCAGCUUGUGUUCCACUGCUCCUUUUCUUUUUUUGGAUAACUUGAUGGGGUUCAUAGUACUUUGGACUUACCUUAAGUUGUUUCCUGGCUGCAGUUGACAUCUGUUUAUAAGGAUUUUGCAGGUGGAGAUUGAAGAGUUGCAACAUCAAUUUGAUUCAGAUCUUCCUGAUGAUGUUAAACAACCCUUAGUGUAUGCAAGGAACUUUCUGGAAUUUUGCUCCUUCCAAGCUCUUCAAGUUGCAACCGACCGUCCUGAUUAUCUGAGCGAUAAGGAUUUCCGUCGGUUGAUGUUCGACAUGAUGCUAGCAUGGGAGGCCCCUGGUGUUGGAAAUCAAAUGUCUUCACAGGAAACUGCUACUUCUGAUAAUAGGGAAGUGGAGGAUGAAGAUAGCUGGUCAUUGUUUUAUUCGGAUUCCACAAACAUGGCUGUUCAGGUUGAUGAUAAAAAGACAGUUGGUGCAGAUUCAUUCGCACGGAUAGCUCCUGCCUGUGCUAUUGUUGCAGAAAUUAUAACAGUUCACAAUCUUUUUGAUGUCCUAACAAGUUCUUCAGGUCACCGGCUCCAUUUUCUUAUAUACGACAAGUACCUUCGGAGUCUUGAAAAGGUGAUAAAGGCUGUCCUGAAUUUCAAUGGACUUCAAAUGGUGUCCAACCUUUCGCUUGCAGGGGAAGAGACAAUGCUAGAGGUGGAUGGUACAGUUCCCACACAACCUGUUUUGGAACAUAUUGGAAUAUCUGCAUGGCCUGGAAGGUUGACAUUAACCAACUAUGCUCUCUACUUCGAGUCUGGAAUGGGCUUAUAUGAUAAAGCAGUGAGAUAUGAUCUAGCAUCCGACUUGAAACAGAUCAUUAAGCCUGAGCUUACUGGACCUUUAGGUGCUCGCCUUUUUGACAAAGCUGUUAUGUACAAGUCCUCAUCUAUGGUGGAUCCUGUAUAUUUUGAAUUUCCGGAAUUUAAAGGAAGUUCAAGACGUGACUAUUGGUUGGAUAUCUGUCUCGAGAUCUUCCACGUUCACAAUUUUGCUCGGAAGUAUAAUCUCAAAGAGGGUCAGCAGUCCGAAGCACUUGCUAGGGCUGUUCUUGGAAUCUACAGAUACAGGGCAGUAAGAGAGGCUUUUAAGGUAUCUUGUUCCAGUUACAAAACCCUACUGUGUUUUAACUUGGCAGAAAGUCUUCCUAGAGGAGAUGCGAUCUUGGAAACUUUAUCAAGCCGCUUGAAACUCAUGAAAUCUUCCGGCAAUCGACGAGGAUUAUUGAGUUCUCCUAGUACAAGGAGACAGGUGAUACACCCAGUAUCACGGGUGUCACUAUGUAGACUUGGAAUUAUCUCAUGCAAGGAGGUCGACUUAAUUGGAGAAGCAACAACUUUAGUAGGAGAUGUCUUUGUUGGUGAGGUAAAUCCUCUGGAAAAUGCUGUCAAGCAGUCAAUAAAGAACAUUGGAAGAGCUGAAGCUGCACAGGCAACAGUUGACCAAGUCAAAGUUGAAGGAAUUGAUACUAAUUUAGCUGUAAUGCAGCUUGCCCUCACUAAUUCCACGGGAUACCAGGGGCUGCUUUUCCCUCUUAUCAAACCAAUUAGCCACCUUCAACUAUUAGCUUCAUGGAAAGAUCCAUGGAAGUCAAUGUUAUUUAUAGUGUUUGUAAGCUAUGCAAUAAUCAGGGGGUGGAUAAAAUAUGCAUUGCCUGUGAUGUUGGUUGUGCUUGCAGUUGUCAUGUUUUGGCAUAGGAAUGUGAGGAAAAGGCAGCCAUUAGAACCUCUAAAAAUCAUAGCUCCUCCUCCAAAGAAUGCUGUUGAGCAGCUCUUGAUAUUGCAGGAGGCUAUUAGUCAACUCGAGGCAUUAAUCCAAAGUGGCAACAUUAUUCUGCUGAAAGUACGAGCUCUCAUUCUUGCUGUUCUUCCUCAGGCAACUGACAGAACAGCUCUUUUACUGGUGAUCGUGUCCUUGGCUUUUGCUUUUGUGCCACUUAAAUAUUUGAUUCUUUUGGCUUUCUUGGAGUCUUUCACAAGCAAUAUGCCUCUGAGGAAAAUGAGCAGUGAGAGAGAUCUUCGACGUGUUAGAGAGUGGUGGAUCAGGAUACCAGCAGCCCCCGUGCAACUUAUGAAACCUGAUGACAAGAAGACUAAAGAGUAAAAAACCUAUAUAAAAAAGGACAAAAAUCAUGAUGAAUCUGAGUUUGUGUAAAUACUGGUCCUUUUAUUGGCUUCUUUCAAUGGAGAUAGACGGCACAAAGUCGAUGAAAACCAAUUUCACUUCAUAGAAGAGUUUUCAUUUUUUGUUUAUUGUGAUGUGUAAUAUUCUUGAAUGUAAAUGAAAAGUUCAGUGGACAGAAUUGGAUGGUUUAUUGAUUAAUUGUACAAAUCUGAAUUGGUCAA